CCCUGCCCUGCCGCGCUGAGGGGAGCCGGGUUGACGGAAAACCCAGCGAAGGGCCCGGGAAGGUACAAAAGAGAGACUUCUUGGGCUGGGAACAGCGGCCAAGCAAAGGUCCUUCGGGCAGCAGAGGCUCGGAUGCCUCCGACCUCCUCCUUGGGCGUUUGCGAAGGAGGAUUUCCCCAGCCACCCCGCCGCCACCUCUUGGGAAGCCUUCCCGACGAGGAGAAGCGACGCACGCCUUUCUCGGGACGCUUCGGAGCCCCUUCCCCGCUCCAUCCCUCCCUCCCGGGCGACCAUGAGCUCUCCCUGCGCCCCGCUGGCUUCGCUCCUCUGCCUGGCCGGGACGCUGCUGGCUCGGCUGGCCGAUGCCAAGGGCACCUAUUACCGGCCCCCGGCGCCCGUCGCGUAUGGCAACCGCUACAGCCUCUAUACCUCGGGAUCCAGCCCGCAACUCACGCCGGGGAAGCCGCUGGGCAAGCACAAGAGCUACUGUGCAUAUGUGGUGCAUAGGAAUGUGACAUGCACCCUUCAGGAUGGAGUAGAGAGCUAUGUGAAAGCUGAAUAUCACAAGUGCAGCUGGGGACCCAAGUGUCCUGGAAAAGUCCUGUAUCGUACAUUCUUCAGACCCACGUACAAGAUUGGCUACAAGACAGUGACUGAAAUAGCAUGGAGGUGCUGUCCAGGCCUCCUGGGAGAAGGAUGCCAUGACAGUCCCACUGACCAGCCAGGGCUUCUGCCACAGCAUCCCAGUCCCAAAUUGCCUCCCACUCAUAAGAUGUUCCCAGCUGCUCGAGUUCCUCCUCCUCAUCCCAAAAUCCACGCAGAGCCCUUUCCAGGACCAAAGAAGAACCACUAUGGACGCAAAAUGCCUACUUUGUUUGGCGACAGACUGGACCGGUUAGAGGAGGAUGUCAGGCGUCUCUCACAGUCCUAUGACAGUCUGCAUAACAUGGUUAGUGGCCUGGGAGACCAUUUGCGGCUUGCCAUCCAGGAGGACACCAGUAAGAUGAUUGGAUCCCUGAUGAAUAGCCCUAGUGUACCCGAUUCAACUAUGGGAUUUGGAGUAAUUCCUGAUGGGAUUGUGGAUGCAGCAGACAAAGCUGAACUUUCUCCUUAUCCACCCGUGGGUGAGAUCUUAAGCAAAGUGACUGAAGUGAGUGAUACACUGAAGACCAAGACUGACCUGCUGGAAGAGGUGCAUGGCAUAGUCCUGGACCAUGAUGGACAAAUCAAACAUCUCUUGGAAUCAGCCCGACCUUCACCCCUUACUUCCAUUGACAUGCUAGAAGAAUAUGUGGACAGCAGGCUUAACAACCUACGAGUGGAGCUCCUGGAUGGCUUUGAGAAGAAACUAGUGAACAUCCAGAGCACAUGUGAUUUCCGGAUCAAGGAAGUCCAGCUGCAGUGUGAGGAAGAUAAAGCUGCCAAUCUCCGUCUUCAGCAGACAUUGGAUGGCAAAGAACUAGAGAUUAAAAAAGAGAUCUCUCAGCUGGAAACUCAGAUCCAAGGACUGACAGUUGUGGAAAGCUGCUGUAGCAAUUUGAACUACCUCACUAAACGGAUGGAUAUCUUGGAGAAAGGUCUGCACAGCAUCUCUGAGUCUCAGAAGAACCUACACUCCCGGAUGGACAAUGAUCUGUCCACUGUAACCUUGGGGAACCUCUUUGAAGGACGUUUUGAGGACCUUGAAACCAGGCUGAAUAUCACUGAAAGGGAAACAGGAAGUUGUUGUUCCACUAUGGAGGACAGCAUGAGAGGUCUCCUGGGGUCAGAGCUGGAUGGCACAAGAAUUUUAUUUGAAGACAAAAUGAGAGUAUUGGAGGAGAGAUUCAUUAACAUGGUUGGAGAUAUGAAUAAUGUCAGUUCCACAACUGGAAUAGAUGGAGCUGUACUGCCUCUCUUGGAGGGUGAACUUGCAACAAUAAAAAAAGAAACAGAUGAGAAAAUGGAAGUAAUACAGAGCCAACUGACCGCCUUGGAGAGUACAUGCUUGCUAGGAUGUGCAUCCACUUCCAAAGAUGUAGAGAUUUUUCGUACAGAGAUUGAAGACUGCCAAAGUAAGAACCAGGAUUUACAGCUCAGGAUGGACAGUAAUUCUGACCUGCUGCAGAAACUCAAUGCUACCAUCCUGGAGAUUCAGAGACGGAUUGAGAUGGAAGCUACAGGAUCCUUGCAAGGUGAGAUCACCCUUCUGAAAAUCAACCUGAACACCAUGAGUAAAUCUCUAACUGGGCUGAAGGAUUCUGUUUCCCAAUAUUCUGACACAGUGCUGCAUGUCAACUCAUCUGUGGACGAACGUGAGCGGAAGAUAGAAGAUGAGGUGCACUCCAUUCAAGAGAAGAUCAGUGACCAAGGGUCCCAGCUUCUGUUCAGUAACAAGCGAGUCCUCAACCUAAAAGGAGACCUUGAAAGACUCAAGUCCAGAAUCAUCAGUGACUUGAGCAACUGCAGGAGUGCGGCUCACAGUUUACAGAAGGAAGUGCUUCAGUUUGAUGACCGUGUGGCUCAAGUGGAGGACAUGUGUGGCAGACUAAGUACUGUAACUGGAAGCCUGGACCACAUCAAAAAUGAGCUGGAAAAUAAUGCAGGAAGUAUGUGGGGCUACAUGGACCAUAUAAAUGAAACCUUAAUUGCCCACUCUCAGGACUUAACUGAGCUCAAGGACAAUUUGUUGGAUUGCCAGGCUAAAGUUACAGAAUUAGCUGAAGAUGUAAGUCUCUUAGAAAGCAAGCUACAAGUCAACCAGCACUAGCUAUAGCAAACCUGAAGUGCAAAUAACUUAUAUCAUACAGACUCCAACUGAAGAUGCUAGGAUUUUGUUUGAGUUUUCUUUUUGGAAGGGCGGGGGAAAGUCACUAAAUGUUAAAAGCUGCUAUAAUCCUUCUCUCAUUUUUUUUUCUAUGAAUGACAUUUUUCACUACAGCUUAAGCUGUACAUUUGCCAUUACUGUAAUCUCUGUGGACAUUUAGCAGCUGUACUUAUGUAGCAAAGUGCCUUCCCAGAGAUGGGGUCAUAUUUGGGUUACAUUUCCAAUAUAUGGUUCAGUUCAGGAAGAAACUGGAGACAGGCAUGUCUAAUGGAGUAUUCACUUUGGGAAUAAUUAAAAAUCUGCUAUUUAAGAGCUAAGACAGAAGAAAAAGAUCCAGUUCCUGCCAAAUAUAUCCAAAUAUGGACAUAAAGGUCUGCUCUAGAGACCAUCCAAAGCAAUAUUAUCACCUUGGAAGAAACUCUCUUUUGUUUUGAAAAGUGUACAAAAUUGGGACUGGAAUUUUUCAUGGCAUGGAGUUUUACAAAGAUAAUAGAACAUUUGUGCAGGUGCCGACAGGUAUUGUAUGGCUCCAAUAAGAUAAUACAGCACAACUCAGCACAGAACAAUAUUUCUCAUUGCACUCUGCUGCAAAGUUUCAACCACCUGGCAUUCCCAAUCGUUGUGUGUAGUCUGCUGUUCAUAUGACUGAAGUGAGAAGGAUAAUUCUGGAUCCAACAGCUUCUUAGAUGGUUUACUUCAACCCUAGAGAUUGGAGGAAGAGAGUGCAUGCACUUCUAACCCCAUUCUAACCUUAGCAACAUUCCACUAUUGCUUCCUGCCCUUGUAGGAAAGGAGGAAAGUGAUUUCCAGUUCUUUUUUAAAAAACAAAAAUUGAGAACUAUAUGUUUCAAAGUGGAAUUGUUUUUAGGGUCACUCUUGAAUAACUAAAGUGUUCAUAUUUAUUUGGGGUUUAUUUAGAUUUAUGUAUGCUCUUCCCCAUAUUGGGAUGAUUCACAAGGCAGCUAACAAAACAUAGGUCAGAUCUUGCAAGUGUUCCUUUUGGUGGUGGUGGUGGGGCGGCAAUAACUUCUAGUAUACCACAGCGGGUAUGUCAUAAAAAGAACUUCCACAAGCUCUGAAAUAGACUGUACUCAAGAGCCAGUAUAGUGUAGUGGUUUGAACAUUGGACUAUGAUUCUGGAGAUGAGGGAUCAAAUCCCUGCUUGGCCACUGAAACCCACUUGGUGACCUUGGGCAAGUCACAGCCUCAGCCUCAGAGAAAGAAAAAGCAAUGCCCCUCUAACCAAUCUUGCCAAGAAAAAAUAGGUGAUAAGUGAUAGGUUUGCCUUGGGAUUGUUGUAAGUCAGAAAUGACUUUCGACCUCAUCACAUUUUCUUUGGGAAACAUCCUAGGAUGCUUCCACAAUGCUUCCUCAAUGGAGCCCAAUGAAGCCCAUCAUACGACACAAGGCUACUUCUGACAGAGCUCCAUACAGGAAGCAUCCUGGCAGCAUUCUAGGAUGCUGCCCAGAGAACACUGGAGGCUUCCCAUGUUCUUAUUAGAUAGAACGGAGACAGAGUAGCGGGGGAACCGGGUGGAAUCACUUUCCCCCAUGUGAUGGGGAAAGCAGCACAGGGAGUGAUGUGGGUGCGGGGCAAUGGUUUCCCCCACUACCCCAUGGAUUUGCCAUACUGCCUGGUGAAUUUUCUACGGAAUUGCCAGGUUGCCUGUGAUGAAGUAUGACGACAACAAAGUACAAUACACAAAAUGUCAUGUUCACACAUAAGUAUUAAAGGAAAAUGCAUAUAAAACUUUAUAUGUUAUUGGCAAAAAUUCCAAAAAAGCCAAGGUGUAUUGUGCUAUUUUUUAAUUCAUUAUGUCACAUGUUAGUAUUAGCUGUUACUUUUGUAACACAAUACUCAUUGCUUCAUAAGUAAGGUGAAAUCUGUUAAAUGUACUUUAAAAAACAGGAAAAAAGGCUUUUGGGGACAUCACUGAUGGGGACAUUAUUCUAGAUCUAAGAUUCUCUGAUUCAAUGAAUUGAGGGGACAUGAUAACCAUGUAUAAAUAUGUGAGGGGAAGUCAUAGGGAGGAGGGAGCAAGCUUGUUUUCUGCUGCCCUGCAGACUAGGACAUGGAACAAUAGCUUUCAACUACAGGAAAGGAGAUUCCAUCUGAACAUUAGGAAGAACUUCCUGAGAGAGCUGUUUGGCAGUAGAACUCUCUGCCCUGGACUGUGGUGGAAGCUCAUUCUUUGGAGGCUUUUAAGCAGAGCCUGAUUGGCCAUCUGUUGGGGGUGCUUUUAAUGCGAUCUCCUGCUUCUUGACAGAGGGUUGGACUGGAUGGCCCAUGAGGUCUCUUCCAACUCUAUGAUUCUAUGAGGGUUUUGGUGAGGCAUUAGAGCAAUUUGCCUGAGAAUUCUAAAUGCUGUUGCUAUUGUGUACCUGCAAGUUGUUUCCAGCUCUGCUGAUCCUAAGGAAAAUCUAUCACACGGUUUUCUGGCACUAAGAGUAUGUGGGUUACCCAAGGUCACCAAGUGGGUUUUCAUGGCUGAGCAGAGAUCUAAAUCCUGCUCUCCAGAGUUAUGGUACAUUGUUCAAACCACUUCACUAUGCUGGCUAAAUAUACCUCCCUAAACAGUAAAUCCCAGGAUUCCAUAGGAUAGCUAAAAUGAAGUCAUGGUGCUAUAUUUAUUUGGUGGGAAUGGGCUCUAGGACUAAUACUGUUUGCUAAAGAGUGCCCUGGAGUAGUAGCUAUUAGUGGCUUCCAUAUCAGUGGACCAAUAAAUCCAUUCUAGAUUUUUAUGUGAUGUUUCAAGUAGCUAUCCAAGGUUCUGAACCUAUUACAGUGAUAGAUUUCAACAUUUUGAGUACUUCCUUAAAGUCUGGACAAGAAGUAGGCUAAGAGGAUUCACCACUCCACUGACAUGGAAGCUACCAGUUGCCAUUGCCAUGCUAGAACAGACUCAGCUCAACACACACUGAACUCAAUAGAAGUAUUCUCAUAUAUACUGAAAGAAUCCUUCCUUAUUCUUUUCUUUGACUGGUGCCUUCCCUGCUUCCCACUCUUUCUGCUGAUGCAUUACAUCCCCCAUGUGAAAACAACAUUGAAUUGUUGGAUGUGGCAGCUGUUCUUCUAGAGUGUAAAGAAAUGCUCCAGUUGUAUAGUGAACCCAGCGCCUAAAUCACUGUUCAUGUACAGGUUGAGCAUCCUUCAUCUGAAAUGUUGGGACCAGAAAUGGAGAUGGGCUCAAGUGUAAACACAAAAUUCAUGUUAUGUUUCAUGUACAUCUUCUGCACAUAGCCUGAAAGUAAUUUAAUACAAUAUUUUUAAUAAUUUUGUGCACAAAACGUGUAUAUAUAGAACCAUCGGAAAGCAAACUAUUUUAUACAUUCAUGUGGACAAUUCUAGAGUAUCUCAGAUUUUGGAAUUCUUGAUCAAGGAUCAUCAACUUAUAAACAAAAAAUCAUUACUUCAGGCAAAGUGAAUUGGUCUCCAUUUGAAAGCCGUAAGAAAUAAACCAGUCUUAGCAGGAUUUAGUAGAACCUACAAAUGGGACAAUGUUCCUUCUUUUUGGUCUGAACUUUGCAAAAUUCACAUUUUUCUAUUAUAAAUGUGCUGGGAAGUACUCAAAAUUAUUAAAAGAUGAAAGAAAAAGUA